UUUGGGAACGUUCGAGUUUACGUGUUUGGCAACGUGAUUCAUACCGCUUUAAAUUUAAUUUAUAUUGUAUUUGAAGAAAAAAUGCAGCUAACUAUUUUUGCUGCUGUUUUAGUAUCUUGCUUUUUGUACUUAAAUGCUACACUUUCAAAAUCCAGCCGUGAAGAAAAGAAAACCAAAGUAAAGGUAGAUGGAGCUCUACCAUCCGUAAAGACCGUUGUAGAAAGAGAUUUGGUGACUCAAAAUGUUAAAAGUAAAGACAUCUUAAAGGAACACAAAGCCUUCUCUGUACCCAAAGCUACAGAAAGUCAAUUCGUUGGAGCUGUGAUAGCAUAUGUUACACCAUGGAACAGUCAUGGUUAUGACAUAGCUAAGUUAUUUGGAGCCAAGUUUACUUACGUGUCACCUGUUUGGUUACAACUGAAACCAAAACCCGAAGGAGGUUAUCGAAUUGAAGGCCAACAUGAUAUCGACAAAGGUUGGAUAUCGGAAGUUAGAAAAACAAACAAGAAAGUAAAAAUAGUUCCAAGAGUCAUAUUUGAGUCCUGGACAUACACUUCCUUGUCAAAGCUGUUUACUUCUGUAAACAGUCAACUUGAGGUAUCUCAGUUGCUGGUGGAUUUUGGGAAGGUCAGUGGUUUUGACGGAUAUGUUGUCGAACUAUGGAGCAUGUUAGGAGGACAGAUGAAAGAAGAGCUGUCAAGUUUCUUGGAAUUUUUUGGAACCACAAUGAGAAAUAACUUCAUGGAUUUCAUACUUGUUAUCCCUCCACCACUAUAUCACAGAAACAAACCUGGCAUGUUUACUCACGAAGAUUUUGUUCGACUAGCCCCGUUUGUGACAGCCUUCAGCCUAAUGACUUAUGAUUAUUCUAAUCCUGAAAGACCAGGGCCCAACAGCCCUGUUCCAUGGAUGAAGAAGUGUGUGGAGCAUCUGGUGCCCAAUAAAAAUAGUGCUGACCGUAAGAAGAUAUUACUUGGUCUAAACUUUUAUGGAUAUGACUAUACUAGUGUUGGAGGAGGGCCUAUUAUAGGAAGUCAGUUUUUGGAAGUUUUAGAGAAAUAUAAUCCCAAACUUCAGUGGGACAACAGUUCACAAGAACAUUUCAUGCAGUAUAGGGCAGAAGAAAACGACAGACACACGUUGUUUUAUCCAACUCUCUAUUCUAUUGAUGUUCGACUCCACCUGGCUCAAGAACUUGGUACUGGUGUAUCUAUUUGGGAAGUUGGCCAAGGGUUGGACUAUUUCUAUGACUUACUGUGAAACACUUGGAAUAAGUAACAUUCAUGGCAUUUCUUACACAUACAGUAUAAGUUUAGAUCUUAUCUCAGCCAAUUGGUAACUUUGUUCAUAUAUUUUACAAAAAAGUUGUUUAUAAAUGAAAAUAAAUAAUAAUAAUUUCUAUUAUACAGAGUAUAUAAUAAAAUUAAUGCUAAGCCUAGAUGUCCACCUAGUGAAAAUUUUUAGUACUUUUUGAGUGUUAAGCUAAGUUAAAAGAAUAACAAGAACUAUCUUGUUAGGUUAAUAAAAUGAUACUUUAAUUCUUUUUAUCAAUAAACAAUGAUUAUUUUGAUAAAAUAAUAAAACUAAUAUUACUCUAAUUUUUGUUAGGCUUAAAUGACUGAUUUCUAAACUUCUGAAUAUUUGAAUCUUAUAGCUUAAAAAAGGAAUUCAAACAAUGUUAAAAAAUCGUUGAUUUUUUUUUAUGUAUUCGAAAGUAUUUUCACCUCUACAAAGUAUAAACUGGCAUACUGUACAUGUUUUAUGUCUGAACAUUGUUAACAAGUUUGGUUCGAUGUUCAAUAUGAUUGUUCGAUGUGAAUUUCAUAAAAAGUGUGACCAUUAUCUGGAGAAAUCAAACACGUAUUUCAUAUCAAAAUAAUCUUACUCACUUGAGGGAGGUAACACUAAAGACAAGAAUAUAUGUAGGGGGAUAGAAAAAAAUAUCAUAAACAUGAACAUUUGUUCGUUCAUAAAAAAAUACAAUACAUUCCUUAUUCAUAUUAUUUGUUUUUAAUACUUUAAAAAAUUCAUUUCCCUGUCGGGUAUGUCACAAUAUGUUUAUAUCAUAAUGAAACUAACAAACUCAAAAUAUGUGUUUAAUAAACGUUUAAAAUGCUGUUUUCUACAAGUUGUCUUGGAACUUACAUAUAUAUAAGCACUAGACAUUAGUCGUUCAUUUUGUAUUGUCUCAAGAAUGCCUGAAUAAAGAUGUGAAAAC